UUAUCUACACAGUUCUGAAAACAUCGAAAUUGUGUCUUCCUGCUAGCAUGUGGUUUUAUAUCAACCUCAUUUUUUUUCUGUAUGGCAUAAUCAAUGUGUUACUGGACACAUCAGAGCAGAUCGGACCUGUGUGGUACCACAGCACACAGCACCACUUUGAAAGAGGAGAGUUUGUGCCUCCGUUUCUUGUCCAAACCCAUGAGAAGAUUUGGCUCUGGAGGCCCUCAACAACAUGAAUCCCCAGCAUUGUCUGGAGUCUGCAGUUUGACUAAAUAGUCUGUUCUUUCAAACAAAACCUACCAUGGAAAUUCUGUUGUUUAAGAGCUUAAUCACUUAGUUGGAAAUACCUAAGUGUAAGGUUGGGCAAAUUACAAAAGGAAGUAAAAUACAGGUUUGAAUUGUUAAAGAUAUUUCUAUGGCCAAACAACACAUUAGCAUAACUUGGUCCACAGUGGGGUUUUUUACCUUACAAAAAUAUAUCCAUCAUCUGAAUAUUUCACCGGGGCUUUUAACUGCUGUGCUGGAAAGAAAGAAAAAGGAGUGAGAACCAUAUCUCAACUUGGAUGGGGGCACUUAUCUCUCAAAACAGGGCCAGGGCAAAGGCUAAAGCUCAGAAGAGCAGGUUACCCUGCAGUUAUGCAAACACAGAGCAGAGGAUUUGGUGCUCUCUGUUCUGUAGAUAAGCACAGUUUCUCAAGUGUCUGAUAUUUUUGACAGAUUUUUGCAAGUGCGUAGAAUAAGAAUAAAGCACAUUUAAAUGAGAAGGGACACAUUUGUGUUUGUUUUGUUCAGAUAUAAGUAACAAAAUUUGCAAGGUACUAGAGAAUGAGAAGACAAGCUUUUAAAAACCUCCUCAAAUUUUAAAGUGGAAUUCAAUCUGGAAUGGGAGGGAGACAUUGUGAGGUAUGAAUCUGCUAACACUUUUUCACCAUUUAAGUGUUUUUUAUUUUCCUUCUAUAUCCAGUCUUUUAUAAGCCCAGCACAGAGAACCUCAUGAAAAUCAAAAAAUGGCAAGGCCAUCUUUCUUUCAAGCUCUGAAAAAUGUGUGGUAAUAAGAUCACCUAUUAGAAGCAGGUGAUGUUUGAAGUCAUAUAUCUAAACUUGCUGUAGGGAAGGCGUUUCAGGUUAAAAAAAGACAGAGGGACCUGGUCUUGGAAGACUUUGUGCUCUACAGUCAUCUACUCUGAUGCUAAUUUUCUUUUGAGUUAUUAUCAUCGAUGUGCUUCUCAUUCUACCUAGGCCUGGAUGAGAGAUGAGCCAUUUAAAAAGGAUGGAAGAAAAGGAAUGCAGAAACCUUAUGUCUUGCAUAAGCUGUCUGUUCUGACCUGCUAUAUCUUUCUUCGGUUAUGUUGGGCAUUUGUGGAUGUCUGUGCUAUAUGGCACAAAUAUUUAAAGGAUCAGAAGAUCGUCUCCAAAACUGUUUUUUGCUAACCCAGACCUGUGUUACAAUCUUUUGUUCACUAGGUGCAAAAAUUUGCCUGUUUUGAUUUUGCUGAUAUAGAAAUGUUGGAGUAGGAAACAAAGUCAAUUUAUUCUCUUUAUAUUGCACGGUUGUGUCUACCCUUUUCAAUGGAUAUUUUGCUCAAAUUGUGUGUUUAAUUGAAAUAAAUUAAGUCCAUCUGUUCGUAAACUGAUUGCAUCAGUUUCCCAUGUAGGUGAUUGGCCAUCCCAAGUACCAAGAAUCCAAAAGAAUUGCAAUCUUCCUGAGCAUGCCAGAUGAAAUUCAGACAGAAGAAAUCAUUAAGGACAUUUUUGAGCAAGGCAAAGAGUGUUUCAUCCCACGUUACAAGCCUCACAGCAACCACAUGGACAUGCUGAAGUUGUCAUCAGCUGAAGACAUUUCUUCACUUGCUUUGACAUCCUGGAAUAUUCUUCAGCCUAGUGAUGAUGACAGUGCAAGAGAGGAGGCUCUUGCUGGUGGAGGUCUUGACCUUAUCUUCAUGCCAGGCCUUGGGUUUGAUAAAAAAGGCAACAGACUGGGAAGAGGGAAAGGAUAUUAUGAUACCUAUCUUGACAGAUGUAUGAAACAUCCCAGUGGAAAGCCUUACACAAUUGCCUUGGCUUUUAGGGAACAGAUUUGUGAAUCAGUGCCUGUGGCAGAAAAUGAUGUCCAAGUAGAUGAAAUUCUUUAUGAAGACUGCUGAAAGUAUCUUGAUACCAGCCCACCUUCAGAGUGACCAACGAAAGACAUCAGAUCCAUCAAUUGUGACUUUUUAAUAGUCAUAUAUGACUUUGGGAGCAAUAAAAUACACUGUUUGUCUUUGAACAAAAAAACAGCCCAGUGUAAAUGUGGUAAAAGUAGUGAGGAUUGCAUUGAUUUGCUUCUAAUUAGCAAAUAUCUGGUGUGAAUUCUUUUUCUACAAUCAAAAGAAACAAGAAUGUGUGCCUGUAUUACAGUGAGGACCAUUUCUUCUCAUCGUACUUUUGAGGAACAAGCUGCUCAAUACUUAACAGUUUUAUUAUUCCAGUUUAAAAGUGAACUGUCUACUAAUCACAGUUCCUGAUCCAUUCUGGAAUUAGAUACUUGUUAUGGUAGAAGUUCUUAGUAGUUAAAUAUUAUGUGCAUCUAUGAGCAAAACAAGAAACUGCCAGUAAGUCCUAUAGUAAGCUGGGGAAAAAAGGGUGAUUGGAGAAAAGCCUUAAUUGAUUUUAGUGUAUACAAUAAUUUUGACUGUUCACUUGACUCCUUGAAGGUGUCUUAAAAUAAAGGAAUAAAAAAUAAAAUAAAUAAAAAAAGGUUCAUGCCCAU